ACUGAGAUGCUCUCCAACACCGGGCACUCUCCCAGCUGCUGCAGAAGGACAGCAGGUACAAUGAAGAUGCGGGCUCUGCUGCUGACCCUCUUACUCGGUCUGGUUUCCGCGAACCAUGAACCUGCAUCUGAAGACGAUUACCCAUCGGUAUCCAGGAUCCAGUCAUCUGGGUGGAAGUCUUCAUACUGUAUCCCAGGGGAUUGGUACAGUGUGCUAAAAGCAGCAAACGACACUAAGAAGAUCACAGAAAAUGGCGAACUGAGGUUUUACAUCCGUCGGCUUCGAUGCAGUGAGGGUUGCGAUAAAAUCAACAUUGAUUUCUAUACCAAGGUGAAUGGCAUCUGCCAAACUCAUUCAAUCGAGUCAACGAAAAGAGAAAAUGACACAUACGAGGUAGACUUCAAGGGUAAAAUUUCUUUCAAGUUUACUGUUACAUCAAGAGGCGUCUUGCUGAUUUAUGCAGAACAUACUGACGCAGACGGCAAAAAGACAGUUGUGACUGAACUCCUUGGCCCCCAGCUUUCCUAACAAAUAGCACCGUAUCCGCCUGAGGCAUACACGCGAGGACGGUGUGACUGACAUCCGCGGGGAGCAUGAUCACCGCUAUCAAGCGAAAGAGCCCAGCCAUGCAAGACCGUAUGGUCUCUUACCAAAUUUCAAGAAUGCACACAGGAUGAUUAAUUAGUCACUGUGCUGUGUGUGAGAUUUUUCUUUAAACCACAAAGACUUCUUCAAGAACUUACGAUUUUUUUUAAAAAACCCUGGGAAGAUGUUUUAUUGAAGUCACGAUAACCAUUGGUUUGAAACGGGUAUUUGCUCCUGUUAAGCAGUGAGCAUGUCUCAGGCACUGAUUCUAUAAUUAUUCACUAGAAUCUGCCAUGUGGCUCACCCGGUGUGCGCCCUGACUAGAUGUUAGGCUGCAGAAUGAGUGGCUCCUGCGUCCAUGAGAACAGGUAACACAAUAUUCUUACAAGUACUCCAUGCAAGUGUGUGAUCUGUGGGUCUCUCAGUCUUAGAAAUAAAGCUUCCUAAUAGAAUGCGCUUGGCUCUGGGUCCAAAACUUCACAAAAAUCAUGCCUUAGUGUUCAGACAGACCCUUGGAAAAGUUCAUAGCGAUAUAUGAUACUGCAAUUAACUAUAAAUAUAUCAGCAAAGCUAUUUCCACAAUUGUACAUGCUGCUAACGGUUUGUGUUUUGAACAGUGACUUGUUGACAGCUGGCUUCAGUGUGUCCCAGGAAAUUCACAUUUUCUCCUUCACUGUUCGAAUUGAAUAAAUAUUUUCUGGUAGAAGGCUGACCGAUCCACUUGGAGGUCAAGCUUCCAGGGACAUUAGCUCUCUCCUCCAACAAACCAAAGACAUUUAAUUACAGAAGUUCCGAUUUAAACGUGUUCCACUGUCUAUUAGCAAAUGUUUCCUCUCAGCUUCACAUUUGAACUGCUUGUCCAGCUCAAGAGCAAAUGAGUCUCUGUCAAAGUUCACCUGGCAAUCUCCCACAAUUCAGCUCCAUCUAUUAAGUGCUGCGUAAAUGGCCAAAUAGAGAAAGCCACUGAACGAUGUAAUAAAAGCUCCCUAAAUCUGUAAUCCUUUGAGCAGAACCACAGCAGAGCCCUUCAAUGACUAGUGUAAAAGAGACUGACAAGCUUUUUUUUAUUUUCUAAUUUACUCAGUCCAGGACAAAGAAUCUCUUUCCAGGGUCCUAAUAAAGAGAAAAUCCACUGACAAUCCAAAAAAAUAAGAAGAUGCUAGAUACCUGAUGUUUCAAUGCUAGCAUUCUUGGUCCCUCCCCGCCGAGUGUAAUUUUUAGUGUCUCUUAGUACUGAAGUCAUGCAAAGAUACCAUUAUUUUUAAAGAAUGUAAAUAAAGAAGGGAACAAACGUGUUGAGAAACGCCCACAGGGACGUGUGUAAAAGCUGGACUUUAUACCUUCUUGCUCUCGCUGUCUUUGUACUAAAAGAACACUGUUUUUACUACCAGUUUUGAGUUUGUAAAAAAUUAGAACUGUCAAAUUUUGUAUCAAAUUUCCUUUUUGCUUUAUUUUUUUGUAAUAAACAUAGGCGGUAAGUGAGAAAAACGAAGCUCACACAGAGUAAAUCAACUGUCAUUUACAGGUUUCUAGUAAGUAUUUGUGCUGACUGUUCGGCUGAUUUUUACCUAUUUCCCCUAAAGUCAUGAUUUCCAGGAAAGCAUCCCUGAAUUAAUAAACCUCUCUUCCUGGAAAGAAAAAGAAAA